AUGGCUUCUUCUGCUAUCACCAUAGCACCUCUUAAUGUUGUGAACGCUGAGACGGACGAAUCAUGGAAGAUAAAAGUCAAAAUUGUACGAUUGUGGAAGCAGACGUACACCAACAACCUUGCCAUGGUGGCAAGCAUCGAUAUGGUCCUCAUGGAUGAGCAGGGUAAUAAGAUCCAGGCUACUGUCAAAAGGAACUUGUUUCCCCAGUUUGAAAUGUUGCUACUAGAGGGGGCUGUCAGGGUCAUUUCGAACUUUGGUCUUGCAUCAAAUACGGGAAAGUUCUUGCUUACUCAGCACAAAUGCAAAAUUAACUUCUACCGUACCACAGUCGUCCGUAUUUGCACCGACUGGGACUCUGAUGAACAGCAGUUCGAUUUUAUGUCAUUCACUGACAUUCUGGCUCAGAAAAGGGACCCAAUCUAUGCUUUUGAUGUAAUUGGUGAGGUGAUCUGGUGUGAUUCCACGAAGGUUUUGUCCACAAAAGGCGGUCAAUACAGGAUCAAAACUGUUCAUCUCCAAGACACUCAGGGUGUCAAAUUAAAUUUAGCACUAUGGGACAACUAUGCUGAUCAGUUGACAACGUUUUUGGCUGAUGAAAAAAACAAGGAUACCAGUGUAAUCCUUCUGCUUGAGUUUGCCAAAUCAGGAGAAUGGGGAAUUAAAUGA